AUGUCAGAGUUAUUAAAAGAAGCUAAGAUCGGUCGUAGAAAUGCCAAAGCAACGUUAACUAGAGCAGGGAAAACAUUAAGACAUACACUCCACGUACAGCGACCAGCAGAGGAGGUUAAACAAUCGCUAACUAAGCUACAAGAAGCGUAUGAAAAAUUGAUAACUAAACACGAAGAACUUACUAAAUUAAUCGAAGACGAUGCGGAAUUCGAAACGGAAGAAGCCUGGCUAGCCGAUUGUCAGGAAGCUUUUAUGAAUUUUGAGAUAGAGGGCAAAAAACAUCUAGAUGAAGCUGCAAAACAAGUAAGCGAAGAAAAUAUAACGAACAGUCAGCCUAGCGCGAGUGCAAGUGACGCUCAUAACGAAAAUAAUAGCGACCAAAAUGAAAACAACAAUCUUAAUUUAGAGCAAGUUUUGCCAGACAACGCCCUGCCUGUCUCAAAUGAUGUCUCGACCGGAAGUCAAGCUGUCGCAACGGGGGGAGAGGUACCCACCGAAAACAGCACGUGUGGAUUUAGGAUGGAAAAACCAAAAUUGCCUAAUAUUUCGGGAGAUGCACGCUAUUGA